AAAUCACCAACCCAGACACGUGCCCGCAUUAUCUAUAUAAUUUGUGAUGUAACAAUGUGCUUAAGUUGGUUAUUUGCGUAAAUAGCAAUUUAAAUUUCAUGUGCACCCCAUUUGCAUUGUUGUCUCCGCAUGAAUAUUUUAUAAUUUAUUAUAUUACAGUUUAGAAUCCUCGACUUGGGCUCGUAUACCGUUUAUCCAUUGUAUACCCAAAUUAUGGUCAGGUAUACAGUUGGGUAUACUGUAUACCCGGUGGAAGAGCACUGUUUGAGGGCAUCACGUGUUCACAACAAAGUACUUCUAGUUGGCGUGGCACAACCAUUUUCUGAUUUUUGCAUAUGUUAUUUCAUAUUUAUGUUGCAAAAGAACACUUGAUCUUCCAUGCAAUUCAUGUUUACUUUGGGCUCAAUCAUAAGUGAUUUUAUCUAAAAAUUGCUUUGUAUUUUUACUGUCCAGAAUUCUUACUAAAACAGACCAUGAAAAAGUUACUUAAAAUGUAGAUUUCAUUUAUAAUUCAAAUACUGUCCGUCAUGACGAGUCGUUAUAGACUAACACCUCAAAAUACGAGUAGUUUGGAAAUACGUGGAUGGUCUCGUGGAAGUGCUAUCGAUAAUAAUACAAGGAAUAGAUAUUUGGUUCCGAGCUCUAGUUUGGAUUUAAUAACCUUCAAUGAAGAUUAUAGGAAAACUGGACUGAGACAUACGCCAGGUGCUGAGUCAGAUGAUGAUGACUCAACAAUAAAAGGUGGCUCCAGUGGAGGGGAUUACCCUCCACCAAAAGCAUUGCCUGGUGAAGAUGCAUUAACAGUUUCUGAGUCUUCACAUUAUUGGUCUGGUGCAAACAGUUCAACUACCGGAAAUACAACUGAAAGAAGUUCGUUAUAUUCAUGGGGAGAUGAUGUCUUGGAUCACAAAACUAGCCGCGAUGUCCAAGACAUGUUUCAAGCGAUUGAAAAAAUGUUAUUUGAAAGUGUAUUGUCUGGAAGUUCACUUCUGCAACAUGAAUGUCGAGAAUGGAUGGAUGCAUUCCCGCAUUUGAGAAUUCUAGGAAAGCAGACUGCUCCGGUACGAGAUGAAGGGUUUCAAUCUCUUCCUUCUAGUCAAAACGUAAGCGGAGUUGCAACUCCUGUAUCAGAACCUCAUAUUCCCGAAAGUUCAGACUCUUCGAACCUGGUGCUUUCUGGGUCUUCUAUAACACCGUCUCCCAUCCCAGUGCGAUAUAUGUUAACUUCAGAUAUUUCUAGUGAAUCAAGUCAUUUCACAGACUUAUCUCAUCUGCAUGAAGAAAUUUUUGAGCAAGAUGGAAGUGUAGAAGAGUACUUGGCAUAUGAUAUUCGUGAAAUGGAUGAAGAUGAAACUGCUAAACGAUACCAUGUACCAAGAAGACGUAGGCUUGGUUACCCACCGAUUACUCCCAAUGCAUGUGUUCGAGAUGCUGUCAUUAACCAGUUAUUCGAUCUUACUUGGGUGAAAUUGAUAUCAAGCCUUGAUAAAGUAAAAAUUGAAAACGAAGCAGCAAAGAAGACAAACAAAUCUUUGUGGAAAGUUCUUUUCGACAACUAUCGGUCGGCAAUGAAACAAAUCGAGGAUAAUGUAAAAUCUGUUGAUAAUGCUGCAUAUUUGUAUCAAGGAACAUCUAAAUCCUCUUUUGCUUUUUUUUAUGAUCAAGAUGAAAGAGGUGGGUUUGAUGAUGGCCCGUAUCGAGGAAAUUUUGAUGAUCGCAAUAUUAAUCCUAAUGCUCUAUUUGUUUCUAAUUCUGAGCAUUUUCAUGGACGUUUGCCUCCUCCAUCAAGGGGAGGGUACCUAGACCAAAAUCUUGCUGGUGGCAGAAUGUCUGGACGACUUUCAACCACAGAUUUUCAAUCUCUGGAUGGAGUUAUGAAAAUAAGUAGGAAGAAACUUCAAGUUCGUACUGACAAACCGAAUGGUGCAGCCAAUCAGGACAGUUCUUUAGAGUUGGUGAUGCAUCCAAUGGAUACUGCAAAUCUUUAUGGUAGGGAGUUUAAUACUUCACGGCUUCAGUUGCAUGGCACAUCUAGCCCCCAAGUUCGUUCACAUUUUUCACUUCAUGGCAUUACCAACAGGCAACAAAGUGCAAAAAAUAAGGGUAGGACUGCUGGUAGGCCUGCUCGUUUGCAGCCUCUGGGUGAUAGAGCAAGAACACCGACUGGUGGGUUUGAUGGUAUGGCAGCAAAAGGAACCAAACUGCCUAUUGCAUCAAUGGGACAUAAUGUUUUUGAUGGACCUUCUGAAAUAGUAGGAAUUAGAGUGAUGUCACCGACUGAUCCUCCACCCACAGCACCUGCGAGUUCUGGAGGUAAUCUCUAUUCAAGAUUACUCCCACCAUUGGAGGCAGUAAAUGAAAACGCUUCAAUUGAAUUUAGUAAAAAUAAAUUGAGGGGUCGUGUUGGAAGAAUAUCUAGCGCGAUCGCUGAUGACUCAUUUGCGAAACAAACGUGGAGAGGGGGCUGGGAGGGCGUGUCACGUCCAAACACAACACAAGCUUUUCGAAACGAUGGUCAUUUUAGACAACGGGCAUCUCCCCUCACUCCUAAUUUUUCAACAAGGAUAACUGGUGCUCGGGGCUCAUUACAAGUUAUUAAGUCAUCCAGUCCAACAGGAUUAGGUAACAUGUUUUAUCCACAAAAUUUCGGGCAUAGCCCUGAUAACCAAAUACCUGGGUUAGCAGGAAUUCAUGGCAUCAGUAUGCUGGGUCAUUCUAACCCUGUACAGUCUCCCGAUGAACAUGAUGAUGAUGGGAGAACAUGGGGCAAUCCUGUUAGACGUAAACAACUAAUUGGAAAUUAAUCUACCGGUAAAUAGAAAUAUAUUUUUUCUUGUAUAUAAAGGAAAUCGUUUUUUUUUUUACUGUUUAUUUUUCCUGGUGGCACCAUUUUGACUUUUUUACUCAAUGCUGAUAUGUUAAGGCUCUAGUGUAAUUGUCACAUCAAAAAAUUGUUUUGUCAAGCUUUUUUAUACAUUCUUUCUUCAGUAUUUCAAUGUUUGUCAGGAAUAAUGUAAUGAUACUCAGAUCAGAACAUUCAUGUUAAUAUUUUAAUGAAUUUGACUUCUCGCGAAAUAUAUGCGGAAUUAGGAAGUUUUUCUAUUCUGAUUCAAUGACCACAAUCCUUGAAAUAAGCUGCUAUUGUACAGCGACUCCGUAAUUUGUUCAGCUCUCCCAUCUAUCUUGAUAAAAGUCUAUAUCGGAUUUAAAAGAUUAACCUUUUUUUAUUAGCUGAAGCAUGGUUUGCAUAUAUGCAUAUGCCCUUAUAAUUUAACACAAAGAAUGAUUACUCUGACUGAAAUCUUAAAAUCUAUAACAGAAGACCUAAGAUUGAUUUUGGUAUGUUCAGGGUGUUGUUUGAACCAAGAAAAAAUAUUCAACCUAUAGGUGUACUCCUUUACAUAUUGUUGUCUUAUUAAUAUUAUUUUAUACUAUUCCUGUAUUUAUUUACCUUUUUGUCUAGUCCUACCUGCCCACUGUAUUGUUACCAAAGUCAACUUUCACUGUUUUCAUACAAUUAAAAAAUUGAGAUGCCCACAUAAAAUUUUUAACAUGCUGUUGGCUCUCUUCAGCCUGGAAGAUUACUGAUUACUGACUACGAAUUUCUUGAAAGUUC